CCUCCAUUUCUUCACAUCAUUCAACUUCUCAUCCUUCAACCCAAACCAAAACACAGAACAAACAACACAACACAACAAAUCAAACUUAGUAUAAUCCUAUUUUUCCCAUAAAAAUGGUUCUAUCUUGGACAAGAAGAAACGUUCUCCGCCGUGUCCGCAAGGGGAAACAAAACCAAGUUCCCGAUUUGCCGGUGGAGGAGAUCGUGAUCCCCAACCAUUUCCGGUGUCCGGUGAGCCUCGACCUGAUGAAGGACCCUGUAACCUUACCAACCGGCAUCACCUACGACAGAACCAGCAUCGAGAAAUGGAUCGAAGCAGGGAACAAGAAAUGCCCUGUCACAAACCAGAUUCUAACAACCUUCGACUUGAUCCCAAACCAUUCCUUAAGGAGAAUGAUUCAGGAUUGGUGCGUGAAGAACAGCUCGUACGGAAUCGAAAGAAUCCCCACUCCUCGUGCCCCGUUGAAUCCCUUCGAGGUUUCCGAGGUUUGUUCGAGGUUGCUGUCGGCUUCUCAGCGCGGAGAUGGGAUCAGGUGUGUGGAGUUCGUGGGGAAGAUCAAGGGUUGGGGGAGAGAGGGUGAGAGGAACAGGAAGUGCGUGAUUGAGAAUGGGGCUGGUGUUGUUCUUGCAACCGUGUUUGAUUCUUUUGCUAGAGUUUCGGUUCAGAAUCAUGUGGGUGUUUUGGAGGAGAUUUUGGAGGUUUUGACAUGGAUGAUUCCGUUUGGGGAAGAGGGGAGAUUGAAAUUGAGUUCAGAAGCUUCUGUGAAUUGCAUGGUUUGGUUUCUGGGUGGUCAAGAUUUGGGGGCAAGAAAAAAUGCUGCCAGGUUACUGAAGGAAGUCCCAGCUGAGAUUUUGGUGGAAACUGAAGGAAUUGCUGACGGUUUGAUUGAGAUUAUUAAGGAUUCUAUUGGGUCUAAUUCUACCAAGGCAUGUUUGGCUACAAUUUUCAACUUGGUUUCUCAUAAAGAGGGAAUUGCAGUUGCUGAGAGAUUUGUGGAACUGGGUUUGGUUUCAUUGCUGCUAGAAAUCAUUGUGGAUUGUGCUGACAAAGGGACAUGUGAGAAGGCACUGGGGGUGUUGGAUUGUAUUUGUGACUGUAAAGAAGGGAAGGAUAUUGCUAAAAGGAAUGCUUUGACUUUGCCUCUUGUGAUUAAGGUGUUGAGAGUGUCACAUUUAGCUUCCAGUUUUGCUGUUUCUGUUCUUAGGAAGAUUUGUGACAAGAGAGAGGAGGCGAUUUUGAUUGAGGCGCUUCAAGUUGGGGCUUUUCAGAAGCUCUUGGUCAUGUUGCAAGUUGGUUGUGAUGAGACCACAAAGGAGAAUGCUACUGAAUUGUUGAAGCUGUUGAAUGGUUACAAAGGCAGAGCUGAGUGCAUUGACUCUUCAUUGGAGUUGAAGUAUCUUAACAAACACUGAUUCAUUAGAAUGAUACUUUGUUUUUCUCUUUUCAAUUCUUUGAAUAGGUCAUAUUUUAGAAACAGAAUUCAUUGUUGUACAAAGAUAUACACAUAAAUAUUGGAUGCUCAAACAAUUUAAUUGAUUCUUUGAAA